UAUUUUGAGUAAUUACCAAUAGUGUCCACUGCCUUUAAUAGCAGACAAUAUGUUACUCAAAACAAAAUUUCAGUUUAAUCAAGCAUGCUAUAGUGUCAUAACAUUUAGCUUUUAUCACCUUUUAAUUGACGAAGUUUUGGGACACAAAACCCGUUAUGGAAUAAACAUGAUCUUACGGCUGAUGUGUAGCCUAGGCCUAUACUUUGCGACUGGAAUGUGAUGUUGAAUAAUGUCAAAUGUUUACACAAGUGUCAAUAACAAGUGUAUUUCAAACAAUAUUUCGUUAAAUCUUUUCAAAUUAAGGUCAUUAUGGAAAAACUGCAAUGUUUGCACAUUAUUAUCAGUAGACCUUGAGCUUGAUUUUGACUGGAAGUUAUGUAUAGCCUGUGUAUUGUUAUCCAAUCUUUCUGACAAAGUCUAUGAGUUCGCAAAACCUACACUUACUAUAGUAAUGUUAUAGCACAAGUAAGCUUUUCACAUGGGCCACACUAUGUGUAAAGAAUAAUGGGUGUAACAUAGCACUGCAAUAAAACUGUACUAUAGGUGCAGCCAUGUGCUGCGUACGCUAUAAUAGUAACAGCAGCGGAAGUUCAUGUUGUUUUCCGAAGUUUUGCAGAGGAGGACGACGUUGUGCAUCCGUUAUAGUCAACUCCCAUAAAAAAUAAUUAGAAAAACAUUAGAAAUAAUUAGAAUUUUGACUCCACAAAAUGGCCAACCGUGUUUGUUCGCAAUGUAAAAGGAAAACCGUGCAAUUCCGAGGCAUGUUUGCCCGUUUAAGGAGCUUAUCGUAUGGGCAGCGUUAAUAAUUAUUUAGAGUAUACCAAAAAAUGUCCACUGCCUUUAAACAACAAAAGACAAGUUCUCUGUUCUGUGGGCUCUUCUGACUUUGAGCCAAGAGGUAUUCAAAUAUUGUUAAUCAGACAUGCCAAAUGGUGAAUUCAGCGAGGAUUAGUUGAGAAAAUAUAAAUCAGUGUGUCACACGGUCAAUCGGAGUUGCUGGUUGGGUUUCGUUUGGAGGUAGACUCUAUUUUGGUUACCAUAGAGCAAACUUUUUUUGUAUCAUGUCUGACAGUGGUAAUUCUAGACAUAGCCCGUGCACUUGAUUACAUUCCGUAGGGCUUUACUACAUGUACAUGUACUCAAUGGACCAAAACACAAUGAGAUGUGUCUCGGGCGCCUUUCCUGGAUCGUUAACAAUAUAUUUGGCUCGGUUUCACUGUUGAUAAGUCGUAGUACUAGGUAGUCUGGUUCCCUGACCAAAGAUUCCUUGACGUCUCUUGUUAAAAUUCGACAGAGCCUAGUCGGAGAGUUUUGGGUCUGGGAACCAGACUAAGUAUAUGGAGGGUCAUAAUAGGUCAUCCACAUUCACAUUGGAAAACUUAGUCCGCCUAUAAAUUAGUUCUAAACAUUGUAUUAUCUUAAAAUCACAUUAAUCGUUGUGUGUUUUUCUAACAUGUCACUUAGGUUUUAGUAUAAUACUCUGCCGUCAUGUAAAAAAAAAAACGAUUAAUAAAUAAAACGUAAAUUGCGUAGUAAUGCUUAAAGUGUGCGUUGCCCGGAACUCUACCAAGAACCACUCCCUGUAAAUAUACACGGGUACGCUCAACCGACUCUUUCUCUGUGUUACUAGUUGGUCUGGCGAUUUUUCUAAAAAUGGCGGGCAAGAAAUCCGGUGCUGAAGUUGCGGCUGUUUUAAGCAAAAUCAGCAAGAGUCACUUAGAAUGUGUCAUCUGCCACGAGCGAUACCACGAACCCAAAAUUCUAGAGUGCCUCCACAACUUCUGCGAAAGAUGUCUCGCAACAUACCAGAAGUCUACCAAAGAUCCUUCCAUAAUCAGAUGUCCUGUUUGCCGUAAGACAAUGACGUUUGCCCCCGGCACGGAUAUCGUCGCUAGCCUCAAGACCAACUUCCACCUCGUGAGCAUGGUCGAAGACUUUACUCUCCAAGAGAAACUCACCCAGCCCAAGGCUAAGGUGAUUUGUGAGUUGUGCACCGACCAGCAAAAGGCAAAGUCUAGAUGCAUGGACUGCCCGUUCUUCCUCUGCACAAGUUGCCAGGCCAUCCAUCAACGCAUCUCUGCCACAGCCGGUCACUGCAUCGUUCCUCUGGACACCCUACGGUCCGGUAAAGUGAGCCUCCGGAGCAAAGCUCAAGACGAACCACCUUGUGAAAAACACAGAGGAGAGAAGAAGAGGUUCUACUGCCUGACAUGCAAUCAGCUGAUCUGCAGAGAUUGCACCGUUGUCGAUCACCGCGAAUCGACCCACGAGUUCAUCACUCUGGACGAAGCUGCUGACCGUUUCAGGAAAAACACGAAGGAGCUCAUUCAGAAAUUUGAGGAGAAUUUAGCAGCGUAUCUGGAAGCAAGUACGGAGUUAGCAAAGAUGACCACGGAUCUGGAGAGUUCGGUGCUCUCAACUCGUCAGUUGGUGACCAACCAAGCUGCUGAAGAAGAAAGCAAGAUCGCGAAAAGAGAAGAUAACUUUUCGAAGGACAUUGCCAAGCGUCAGAAGCUUCGAACAAAGGUAAUGAACAAAACCGGUAUAAAGAUAACCAAGUCCCUCGCCACAACUGCUGAGAGAAACGCUGCGACAAACGAAGAAAACAAACAGAAGUAUUCUAAAACAAUCGAUGAGAAGUUUGCAAGCCUCGACAGCUCCCUCGCUGCGUUUGGUAAAGCAGCUGAGUCCAUACGUAAAUCAGACGACGAAAUCAAGGACCUUAAAGUCAUUCUUAAAUCGGAGGCUGCAAAGGACAACGAGGAAGACAUGUCAAAAGUGGCCACCAAUUUGGACCACUUUUUGAAGUCAAUCCAAGGCACCUUCGAACUUCGGACAUCCAUGAUCAAGGGUGUCGGUAAAAUGGUGAGUGCUGAGAUCGAACACAUGCGGCAGACCGUGGAGACAGCCUCCGACGCUGUGAAGUCAAGCUCCAACGUGGAUUUUCUUAAUCUCCGCCUUGUCGUCGACAGCCAUCUGCGUGUUCUUCUCAUCCAGAGCCCCCCUAGGCUGCCUCUGGGAUACUCAAAGAUGCUAUUCAAGAGUAGCGAUGACACGGCACUCGGUGAGCUGAUUCUGGGAGCAACUUGGAAGUUUGCGAGGGAGAUCAAUACCGGUUGUAACUUAAUCAGUAUGGCUGCAGCUUCAUCGAAUGAUGAAAUCCUGGUUUCUUCUUCAAAUAACUACCCUGCAGUCUUUCUUCAUACUUUCUUCAUACAGCGAUAUCUCAGUCAAAAUUACAAUGGCGGUAUCGUAGCAACACUUGAAGACAGCGGAAAUUCCUCUUGCACAGCAGUUUGCAUAUACAAUAUGGUUGUGCAUCUUUACUCAAACUCUUGUGCACUGUUGAAACAAAUCGCCGUCCCUGCUUCCAUCGUGCAAGAUGGCUCAAACAUCAGCCUUGGUCAGCCUGUCAAAGUGGUACACUACAGGAAUCAAGAAAUCGUCAUAAGCUACUCUAACUGGCAAGGGAUUGUCAUUCUCGACACGUCCAACGGUUCCAUGGUCCGCAAGAUACCAGUUGAUAUCAAACCUGAUUUCCUUGCAUGUACCAGCAGAGGGCGCAUCCUAGUCGCUUCAAAGAAGCCAGCUCGUGUCGAGUGUUUGGACGACAACGAUGCCAGCUCUUUGACCAUUCACCCAACCGUGGCAAGAUCUACGACGGACGGUGAAAAGGAAGCUCCAGUCAUCUGCUCUGGCCUUUGUCGUGACAGCCGGGACAUCAUCUACGUGGCUGUAUCAAUAGAGGGCGCUCAGGAGAUCCACAUUCACCAGUACACUUCAUGUGGAAGCUUCGUUGGGUGUUUGACAAGUGGUAACAUCUCCCAGCCUGUCAUCGACAUCGUGGUGACUGGGAAUGGCACACUUGUGGUCGCUGAGCAAAACACUUUGAAGUUUUUUGAAACGCUGAAGGAGGAGGUUACAGUAUAG